CGAAGCAGAUGUAUUUAUCGCGUUGCUACGGACGGUCCUACUGACACAGAAAAUGCAAAAAAAGUGAAGAGCGAAAAAGAGCUGGCGUAGGCGUGACAAAAGCGGUGAAAAAGCAACGGUUCUGUGCAAGAAAAAUUAACAAGAAUACAGUGAACCCCAUCAGCGAACGAAUAUCGAAAGCUCCUAAGCGAUUUUGGCGCUAUUCCAAUGAAUAGUCCUCGCUCGAACGCGGUCAAUGGCGGCAGCGGCGGUGCCAUCUCCGCUCUGCCCAGCACUUUGGCUCAAUUGGCGCUGCGCGACAAGCAGCAGGCUGCGUCGGCAUCGGCGUCGCCGUCCUCUGCCACCAACGGCAGCGGCAGCGAGUCCUUGGUGGGCGUCGGUGGACGACCUCCCAAUCAGCCGCCCAGUGUGCCAGUAACGGCCAGUGGCAAGCUGGACGCCAAUAGCGGUGGCGCCUCCAACGGCGAUUCUAACAAACUGACGCACGAUCUGCAGGAAAAGGAGCAUCAACAGGCACAGAAGCCACAAAAGCCACCGCUACCGGUGCGCCAAAAGCCCAUGGAGAUCGCCGGCUAUGUGGGCUUUGCCAAUCUGCCCAAUCAAGUCUACCGCAAGGCCGUCAAACGCGGAUUUGAGUUUACCCUAAUGGUGGUUGGUGCCAGUGGGCUGGGCAAAUCGACCCUGAUCAACUCCAUGUUCUUGUCGGACAUUUACAAUGCUGAGCAGUAUCCGGGUCCGUCGCUUCGCAAAAAGAAAACUGUGGCGGUGGAGGCCACAAAGGUAAUGCUCAAGGAGAAUGGGGUGAAUCUAACAUUAACAGUAGUUGACACACCCGGAUUCGGUGAUGCCGUGGAUAACAGCAAUUGCUGGGUGCCUAUUCUUGAGUACGUGGAUAGCAAGUACGAGGAGUACCUGACCGCCGAAUCGCGAGUAUACCGCAAGACCAUCUCGGACAGUCGGGUACACUGCUGCCUGUACUUCAUAGCGCCAUCGGGACACGGACUUCUGCCUCUGGACAUUGCCUGCAUGCAGAGCCUGUCAGAUAAGGUUAAUCUGGUGCCGGUGAUCGCCAAGGCAGAUACCAUGACGCCCGACGAAGUGCAUCUAUUUAAGAAGCAGAUCCUCAACGAAAUUGCCCAACACAAGAUCAAGAUCUACGAUUUUCCCGCCACGCUGGAGGAUGCGGCCGAAGAGGCCAAGACCACGCAGAAUCUGCGCAGCCGAGUGCCAUUUGCGGUGGUGGGUGCCAACACCAUCAUCGAGCAAGACGGAAAGAAGGUGCGCGGUAGGCGCUAUCCCUGGGGCCUCGUGGAGGUGGAGAAUCUGACGCACUGCGACUUUAUAGCGCUGCGCAACAUGGUCAUUCGCACGCACCUACAGGACCUCAAGGACGUAACGAACAACGUCCACUACGAGAACUACCGCUGCCGAAAACUAUCCGAACUGGGACUGGUAGACGGCAAGGCCAGGCUGUCCAACAAGAAUCCUCUCACCCAAAUGGAGGAGGAGAAGCGGGAGCACGAGCAAAAGAUGAAGAAAAUGGAGGCCGAGAUGGAGCAGGUGUUCGACAUGAAAGUCAAGGAGAAGAUGCAGAAGCUCAGGGACUCAGAGUUGGAGCUGGCGCGGCGCCACGAAGAGCGCAAGAAGGCAUUGGAGAUACAGAUCCGAGAGCUGGAGGAAAAGAGGCGCGAAUUCGAGCGCGAGAAGAAGGAGUGGGAGGAUGUCAACCAUGUGACGCUCGAGGAGCUCAAGCGACGCAGCCUGGGGGCCAACAGCAGCACAGACAAUGUCGAUGGCAAGAAGGAAAAGAAAAAGAAGGGUCUGUUCUAAGUCAACCCGCUCAAAAAACCAACCUGCUCCCCCCUGCUCCUCAUCCACCUCCUCUUCCUGUUCCUUAUUUCCCAUGUCCAUGUCCAUUCCCAAUACCCAUAUAUACUUAAGCGCUAAUCUCGAGAACAAAACAAACGAAAGCGAACCCCUAGCGUACCCUCUACUUAUACCUACCACAUAAAGUAAUUCGAAAAGUGCAUAAAUAUAUCUAUUGUUGGGCCCCCCAGCCGCCCCACAAGGCUUCUAUUCGCACAGCAAUCGUCCUGCGAUGGCGUUGCAUUUGUUUUCUACAUAAUUAUACAAAAAAAAGGUACAUAUAAACACAUAGCAGUUGCAGUAUUUUACCAAUAUAUAUCCACGCAUUACUUGACGAAACACAUUUGCUAGCCUAAUGAAUUGAACAUUGCAAAGCGCAAACGAAUUAAAUCGAGACGGUAACAAAACGGUAUUUUCAAAAUACUUAAAUAUCUUAAAGCUUAAAUAAAAGUAAUAAGAACGGCAAACCUAAGCAGAAAGAAUGUACGAGUACGAGGCGAAAUUGAUCCUAAAAUUAAUUAUAAAGAAUAGUGAACCCAUGUAUAACGUAUGCUAUUGAUAUUGUAAUUGUAUUUUACCUAUUAUGCAUAAAGUCAUUAAACACCCAAACCCCCAAACACCCGACACACCAGCGCAAAAGCAGCAACAGCAGCAGAAAACAUCAAGAAACAAAAUAUACUCUUGCAUUUUACAAAAUAAAGUCUUCUCUUUAGUUUAACUACAUA